CUUCUUGGGUCCUCCUACCCAUGAUGUACCAUGCUGUACUACGAAGUACUUACCUACCACUUACUAAAUCCAUAGUCCUACCGUAGUGCUAUAACGUCCGUCCGUUCACGUCAUUGUUUAUAUUUUGUAAUUCUGUCACUAUAAUCGUUUUUACGCGGCCUAGCAAUCAGUGUUUAUCGCUAAAACUGUGUAAAACAGUAACACUAUAAUAUUGCGGUUCGUCUAAAUGGAUGCGAAUGAUGGCAAAGAAUUUGCUGAACUUGGAAUCAAAUCAUGGCUUAUCAAACAACUAUUUUCUUUAGGAAUAAGAACCCCAACGCCCAUCCAAAAAGGCUGCAUAUCUGAAAUACUAGCGGGUCAGGACUGCAUCGGAGCGGCUAAGACGGGCUCCGGAAAAACAUUUGCGUUUGCAUUGCCAAUAUUGCAACAUUUGGCAGAGGAUCCUUAUGGCAUAUUUGCAUUAGUGCUAACCCCAACACAUGAAUUGGCAUACCAGAUUGCGGAUCAAUUUAGCAUUCUCGGACAACCUUUAAAACUCCGAGUAUGUAUAGUAACUGGUGGGUCAGACCAACUUGAGGAGUCUCUGAAACUGGCAAAGAAACCACACAUUGUGGUAGCCAUGCCGGGACGCCUCGCGGACCAUAUAACUGGCUGUGAUACGUUCUCAUUGAAAAAGAUCAAAUAUCUUGUUUUGGAUGAAGCUGACCGAUUGUUCAGCGAGUCGUUCCAGGAGGAUCUAGAGACAAUAUUCGAUUCAUUGCCAAAGACAAGGCAGAAUCUCCUGUUCUCUGCCACAAUCACCGAGGAUGUCAGAGAAUCUAAGUUGUUGCCAUUGGACAAAGAUCGAGUGCACACAUGGAAGGAGUCGGACCCGCAGCUGACGGUGAGCACGCUGACGCAGCACUACGUGGUGUGUCCCGCGUACGCGCGCGACGUGUACCUCGUGCAGACGCUGCGCCAGUACCGCGACGCCAGGCCCGGUGCGCAUGCGCACGUCAUCGUCUUCACUGACACUAAGAAAGAAUGCCAAGUCCUAUCAAUGAUGCUGAACGCGAUCGAUAUGGACAACGUGUGUCUCCACGGCUUCAUGAGGCAGAAGGAGCGGGUGGCAGCCCUGACACAGUUCAGGAGUAACCUCAAAUGCACCUUGGUGGCCACCAACGUGGCUGCCAGGGGACUGGACAUACCUACGGUCGAUCUUGUGGUCAAUCAUAAGCUGCCGUUGGAGCCUAAGGAAUAUAUUCACAGAGUGGGCAGGACAGCGCGCGCCGGCAGGAGCGGGAUGGCGAUAUCUCUCAUAACACCGUACGAUAUCCUGAGGCUCGGGGAAAUUGAAGAUGAGAUCAAGACCAAACUCACGGAGUACAAAAUUGACGAUGAUGAAGCAGUGAAAGUGUUCACCACAGUGAGCGUGACCCGCCGCGAACAAGAAGCCCAAUUGGACAACGAGGAGUUUGAGCAGAGGAAGAAGAACUACCGCAUCAAACGCUGGAUACAGGCGGGCGUGGACCCAGACGAUAUGGAGGAGGGAUUGGAGGAGAUGCGUCGGAAAAGGAUAAAAGCGGCGAAGAAAGCGAAACUAGCGAAAAUAAAACAACUACAGUCACAGUUGAAGAAUGAAGCGGGACAGAUUGAGGAAAAUCGACUGCAGCCGACAGAGACGGAAGAUAUCGACGCUUCCAUCAAAGAUGGCCUCAAGAGAGUCAACAAGAGUUUGAUGAAAAAAGAUGUUAGGUUUAAAAAUGUGAUUGGAAAAAUAAGUAAUAUCAAACGGAAGGCAGAAAGUGUUAAGGAAGUCAAAACUGAGAAUUUGCCUAGGAAAAAGAAGAAAAUUAUUGGGAAUAAAUGAAUUUAUAAUUGCAAA